AUGGAGUCCGCGACACCAGGCUCAGGGCCUCCGACAGAUGCCUUUCGCAUCCGACGGAAGCCCGUCUCAAACCCCAAUCUACGGCAGACCGCCCAUACCCAGCAAGGGGCUCGUACGCAUACUGCUACCUCUUCGGCUGCUGUACCAACCAGUAGUGCUACCUUGCACCCGCCAUCCUAUGCCGAUCUAUAUGGACCCGCGUCACCGGGUUCGCGCCCCGUGAGCCCAAUUAGGCCACGGACUUCGGGGGAACCCUCAUCUGCCUCUUUGGCACCAGCUGCAGCGCCCCCGACGGCCGUUCAGAAAGCGUACAGUGAGACCCGUCACUUCCUCGGGGGCUUGAUCAACCACCCGACGGAGUCGAACAGACAUGUCACGAUUCUGCGUCACUCCCACGGCCUCGUCUUCUAUCGUGGCAAUGCCACCUCCGUUGCCGUGUCGAUAUUUUCCGACGCCCCGCUGCCCCCGGACCGUACCCUGUGGCUCCAGAACAAAGGAUGGAGCGGCAAGACGGGCAUGCGGGCCAAGGCCUUAUUCCGGCUGAAUGACAGCUGGAUCGAUGUGACGCCCAUGAUGCCCUUGCGCGCCGACCAAGUCCGGCCCGACGACGAGCGCGCGUGGCAACGCGACAUCAAAAAGUUCAAGAAGAAAGCCUCCCCGCGCCAGCGCGAUACCCACGAGCUCCGCGAGACGGCCGUGGUGCGCAUCCCCGCCGAGGCCGGCGACGGCUACUUUCAAAUCGUGCUUUGCGAAGGCCCCAAAAAGAAGGUGCUCGGCAAUAGCCCCGUCUUCCGCGUCCUCUCGACCUCGGCCAGCCCGCACUCGGUGCGGGGCGCGAGCCUGAGCACGCUGCCGCUGGAAGUCGGCGCCAUGGUGCUCAGCUUGUAUGCGCAGACGGCCGCCCGGACCAUCGCCUCACCUGCCGCGGCGGCGGUGCAAGCGAAAAUCGCCCCAUACCAACCCUCGUGGCUGACACAGACGGCGCUGGAAACCGCGUACACCGCCAGCGGCGUCCAAGACCGCGUGGCGGGCGUGAUCAACCCGAACGCCCGCCCUAGUGGCCCCGGUCCACCUGGUGACGGGGCGGCCGAGUCGUUCUUGGACUUACCGGCGCCGAAUGAGCAAGGCCCGACGGCGCCUUUCCCAAUGACCUUCAAAGCGCGCGGGACACCUUACUCGAGCCCCACCCCCGCCAGCCCGGAUGGCUCCACAAAGCUCAGUCUCCAGAAAUUCCCCAGCUGGGUCCCGGAGCAGCUGCGAGGCUACUUCUUCGGCUGGACUCGACUCGACAGGAGCAGCAAAGACGCGCAGGCCGAGCCGUGGCGACCGAGCAUCCUCUCGAUCCGUAACCUGGACCCGCUCGAAGCGGCGCGAGUGGACAUGUCCCAAGUUGCACGGCGCUUUGUUGCUUUGCGGAUCCUGGACGACAUGCCCGUCCAACCGUGCAGUCUUGAGAUGCGCGUGAUGGGGUUCCUUCGUGCCGAGAUUCCACCGCCCACGGGGAAAACCCAUCAAGAGCUAGCAGAGUCGCAAGCUGCCGCCGCGGAGGCUGCCACGCUCGCCGAUUCAUACGAUGUGUCGAUCGUGGAGAACACCCUCUCGCAUCCGGCAUGGGCCCCGGAGAUUCAAAGUCUCGCGGAGCGGCAGCGGCAGGAAACAGGGUGGAAAGACCGGACGCGAGAGGGCUAUGCUAAUAUCUUGAACCGGGGGCACAAAUUGGUGGACCAGAUCCCGCUACACCGGGUGGGGGUCCGGUCUGCGACGGACGAGGUGCGGGAAAGGCAAAUCGCUGUGAACGGCUUCUAUAUCGUUCGGUAA